AAGCCCAUGUUCAGUUUUUGUUCACUUAUUAUAAAGGCUGUGCAGCUGUCAUGUUGGUCAUUGAUUUGAAUAUGAGGGGGUGUGGUUUAAUCUGAGUUCGCGCGAAAGCAGAUCAUAUUUCUUCGGUUCGGAUCCUGAGGGAAAGUUUAGGUCCUGCAAUCUUACCUGUAAAGCAGUGAAAUAAGAUAGAUUAACAUCACUUUCUGCAGCGCCUUCACUUUGUGAACUGCAGAAUAGGAUAUUUGUGCCUUGAUCGGCAGUGGACGAUAUUAAACUUUGCACUGAAGUUUCCAUGGUGACGAUUCCUGAAUGUGCGUCAUUGAAGAUUAACCACGUUUGAGAGUCAUACAUCAGCGAGAUAAAUAUUCAGUAACAUCUUAGAUUAUACACUGGAAUUUAUCGUCGCUAAGGAUUUACCAUACUUCAGGGCCUGAGACUGCAUCUCAACAUCAACGUCACAAAGCCUUUUGGACACUUUAAAGAACUGUAGAGACCACACGGACUGUUGCAAUCUUUGUUUCACUGCCUAAUCACAGGACCAACUGUCAUCUGUAUCCUUGAAUCUGUUGAAACAAUUCAUUGUUUAUUUCUGUUUAUUAUUUUGCGUAGGCCUACGUUUUUUUUCAUAUGUACAUUUUCUUUACAUUUGAAUACCUUUUGAUGGUGAAUAUGUACACAGUGUAUUUUAUUGUUCAACAAUAUUCAGAGUAAAAGGUACAAUUUAGUUCAACUGCUUUAUCUUCAUUACUCUCAUAGUCAUUGGACAUCGAAAUGUGGUGAUCGACCCUCUGAAACGAUUAGCAUCGUAAAAGUAAUUAGCGCAGUACAGUUCCAUUUGUACAUUUAAUGGUCCUUCGAGCCGGAUGCUUUAACCGUUUCAGCGAUGAUGUCCAGACCCAGAGAGGGAAUGAUAGAAGAUGAGGUGGUUCGGCCACGCAGAAUUACUCGCCAGCCUUUGUAUCUUCAAGACUAUGAGGUCAGUCAUCCUCAGAGGCAACUCACAUUUGCAGAUGAGCAGGUUAAUACAGUAAUUAAUGCUGAUGUUCUCUCAUGUAUUCGUGAAAUGAGAGAGGAGAGCAAGCAGCUGCGGCAGGAUGUUAGACGCAUCUCAGAUAUAAUCGCUAGUUCUCCUGUGUUAGCUCCACUACAGGUUUCAUCACCUUCACGACAAUCACUUAGCGUAGAAGAGGGGGUAUCUUCUACAGCGAUGGCUACAAGUAUGCUGGCCUCACAUCAGGAUGAUCGAAAUCCAGGUCAAUCUGAGCAUGUGCCAUUGGUGCCUCCCAGGGAUGAUUCUCUGCACGCACGUCGUGAUGGUCAUCAAGAUCUUAUUGAAGAUCUUACUAAUCGUCUAAAGGAAGUAAGUGGACUGAAUGGUAGCCAAUUACACUCAGGCCAGUCAACACCUCAGUAUACUGAACCUCCUCAUAAUGUGAAUGACUUACCGCAACAUGUUCCUGAUCGAGCUGCUUAUGUUCGUGACCAGCAGCAGAGUCAGUCCAAUCCGCCUUAUUGGCAGUACGAUGAUACCAUGUUGUUGCAGCCCAAUUCGCCAAACCCCCCCCUCGAGUUUUCAGUCGCUCUCCUGCAGAGGCACAUGCUUGUCAUUCGCAUUCAGAGUAUCGGCCCAUUCGAAAUCUUCAGGAUCCAUACUAUGGGGGCCGAGUGCACACUUUGCAAGAAACUGCCUUAGCUGACCGUUCUAGUCUUCAAUUUCAACGUGAUCCUAGAACUGAACACUAUCAUAGCAACGGACGGCUGUAUUCGCCUGAUCGUUCAUAUCCAAUUUUGGAUCAAGAUCUUAACCGUCCCUUGUACCCGCUGCCAGUGCAAUAUCGUGGGCCUACACCAACAAUCCCAAAUUUCAUUCAUGAUGAUCCACGGGAAUUCGCCAGACUUAAGCUCGCUUUAGACAAUGUACUGCCCGCCGACGCUUCUGAAUCUUUUAAGUUUCAAAUACUAAUGGAUCAUUUGAAAUUGGAAGAUGCUUUACUUGUCGCAGAUUCUUACAGUCACAGUCGUUCUCCCUUUAGUGACACUAUGCGAGCCCUAACGGACAUGUAUGGUCAACCGCAUCAGCUGGCAUUGCAGCGGAUCACUACUUUGAUGGAUGGACCCACAAUCAAGAGUGGUGAUGUGAAGGCAUUCAAGGGAUUCGCUCUUCGUGUGCGGGCAUUAGUGGGAAUGUUGAAUCAGUUGGGUAGCCCAGGUUGGACCGAGUUGAAGUGCGGUUCUCAUGUAUCCCGCCUCUUAGCUAAGUUACCAUAUGACCUAAGAGCCAACUUUAAGAGAUUUGUUAACCCUCUUCAGACUCCGAUUCCUACUCUGCUUGACUUGGCUGAUUGGCUUGAAUAUGAGGUUCGAGUGCAGGUGGACGGAACCCAGUACGGUACUUACCCUGAUUAUGAGAAGCAUGGCCCCCGCAAAGAUAAGAAGCAUGGUUUCUCACCUCGAAAGCUGACUACUGUUCUGCAUGGAGGAGAGCAUAAGGGAGAGUCAGUAGAUAACUCAAACACAGGGUCAGUGUUCUCAGAUAGGAUGCAGGAGAAGCCUAAGAAAUAUUGUCCGUUUUGCAAUACCAUCCAGCAUUACAUGAAUCAGUGCUCAAACUUUAAGCUCUUGACUAAGGAGCAGGUUGAGAAUUGGAUCAAAACUGGCCGUAGAUGCUGGAGAUGUGGCCGAAAUCAUCAGACCUCAAAGUGUACGUUGAAAGCGAAGUGCAAGAAAUGUGAUAGGAAACAUCUUGAAGUUCUCCAUGAUGUUAAUGCCAGCUCAGAUUCAGGUGGGAAAGACAACAGCAGACAGUCAGAGAGCACAGGUCCCAUGAGCUCCACUUCCCAGACCUUGUAUCUGGACCGUCCCACAAGCGGAAAGCAAGUGUUACUUAAACUGAGUCGAGUUGUGAUUCAGAAUGGAGACAAGUCGUUAGAGACCUACGCGGUACUGGACGAUGGCUCCGAGCGAACGAUUCUGCUCCAUGAGGCUGCUCAACGUUUAGGUCUUCAAGGUACAGUUGAAGAUCUAGCCCUUCGUACUGUGAGGCAUGAGGUUCACACCAUACGAGGAAGUUCGGUGUCCUUCUCUAUAGCUCCAGCUUCGCAACCGGACAGAUCAUUCCAAAUUCAUGGAGCUUUUACAGCCAAGGACCUAGGUCUUGUUCAGCAUACUUACCCCAUUACUGACCUGCAGCGAAAGUAUCGCUAUCUUAGAGAUCUGCCCUUGGACGAAAUCAACCAAGCACAACCAUUAGUGCUUAUCGGUUCAGACUAUCCACAUUUGAUCACACCUGUAGAGCCAGUGAUAUUGGGACCCAAAGGAGGACCAGCCGCUGUGCAUACAAGGCUUGGGUGGACAUUGCAAGGUCCAUCAAGGUUCUUUCGUCCUCGCCUUCAGCCGCAAGAAUGUCUCUUUGUUUCUUGUGUGACACCUGAUUCUGAGCUUUUUAACCAGGUUGAAAGACUGUGGAAACUGGACAUUUUACCUUAUCGAUCAGAUAAGGUAGUCACACGCUCGCGUCAAGAUUCAGAAGCCCUCCGUAUUCUGGAAGAAAAGACCAUUAGGAUUAAUGUGGAUGGAGUCAACCGAUAUGCUACACCAUUGCUCUGGAAAGAGUCACUUCCCCCAUUGAAUGCGCCAAAGGAAGCUGUCCUGGCUCUUCUAUGUAGUACGGAGAGACGGUUGUCCAGAGAGCCACAAAGGGCAGUCACUUAUGAUGCUGAAAUCCAGAAGUUGCUGCAGGCAGGCUAUGUCACCCCGCUAUCAUCCAAGGAGUGUGAAUUGAGUCCUCAUUCGUGGUACAUACCACAUCAUAUGGUCCAUCAUAAUGGGAAGGAUCGUAUCGUAUUCAAUUGCUCCUUCGAGUUCCAAGGCCAGUCUCUGAAUGAGUAUCUCUUACCCGGGCCUACUCUCGGUGCAAGCUUGUUGGGAGUUCUCCUCCGUUUCAGGGAACACCCUGUAGCUGUUUGCAGUGAUGUGCGGGGCAUGUUUCAUCAAGUCCGCCUCCUUGAUGAAGACAAGCCAUUCCUCAGAUUUCUGUGGCGUAAUGGCAAUACUGCUGAGCCUCCAACAAUCUAUCAGUGGGAGGUUUUGCCCUUUGGAACCACUUGUAGCCCCUGUUGCGCUACAUUUGCCCUUCAGUCGCAAGUAAGGAACUACCUUGGACCAACAGAUGAUGUGCGUCAAACUGUUGAACACAGUUUCUAUGUAGACAACUGUCUAAAGAGUGUACCAACCGAAGAACAGGCCGAGAAACUAGUACACAGACUACAGCAUCAACUAAUGGAGGGUGGAUUCGAGUUGCGUCAGUGGGCCAGUAAUGUUCCUACAGUCAUUAAACACAUUCCGUCUGAGCUAAAAUCAAAGAGCAGUGAGAUAUGGAUUAACCAAGAAACAGCCAAUCCUCAAGAGCGAACCCUCGGACUGAUAUGGCACUGCAAAUCUGAUACUUUGGCAUACAAACCAUACCAGAAAGAGGAAGGUGAAACCACCAUGCGUAAGAUCUAUCGCACACUUGCAAAGCAAUACGAUCCCCUUGGGUAUCUGAUCCCUUUCACCACAAGGGCUAAGAUCAUUGUGCAAUUGCUCUGGGGCAAGAAACGAGGCUGGGAUGACCCUUGCCUCCCUGCUGAACUACUGGGUGCUUGGCAACAGUGGGAGAAUGAGCUCCAUCAGUUAUCAGAGAUCUCUCAGCCCAGAUGUUACAGCUCCAACAGUCAGGAUGCAAUCAAAAGUCGCAGCAUUCAUGUAUUCUGCGAUGCGUCUGAGAGAGCCUAUGGCUCUGUUGCCUACUUGAGGACUGAAGACGAUCAGAACAACAUUACGGUAGCCUUUUUGGCCGCAAGAUCCAGAGUCGCUCCAAAGAAGCAGCUCUCAAUCGCACGCUUAGAACUUUGUGCUGCAAUGACAGGAGCACAGCUGGGUGCUGUUUUGAAGAAAGAGCUGACUUUAGACAUCCACAAUGUUGUGUAUUGGUCAGAUUCUACCACAGUCCUCGCGUGGCUGCAAUCUGAUUCUUGCAGGUACAAAGUAUUUGUCGGAGUUAGAGUCUGUGAAAUACAAGAGUUGUCUGACCCAGAAUCCUGGCGGUAUGUCGAUUCUUCGAAUAAUCCUGCUGAUGACAUCACACGAGGUUUGGCACUGACUCAAUUGGCUCAAGACACUCGCUGGAGCCAGGGUCCAGCCUUCUUGAUGCAACCCAGCUGCAAUUGGCCAAAGGCACCCGAGGGUCAAAUCCUUGACAAUAGUCAAGAGCUCAAGAAACCUGUAUUCAGUGGGUUGCUUAAAGAGACUGCAAUACCUGCCAUUCCAGAUUUCCAUCAGUUCAAUAGUUAUCAAGAGCUUCUAGAAGCCACAGUGCAGUCCCUGCAUGGGGCGGCUGGCAGUAAAGAACCACCAGAUGCAGAUGAAUUUCAUGAUGCAGAAUUGACUCUUCUGAGGCAUUGUCAAAUGCAAGACUUCCCUGAAGAAUUUGCCUCGCUUAAGGAAGGAAAGACUCUCUCAACCAGCAGUCGGCUGGUAGGACUUACACCUGAGUAUGACAAAGAUUCCAAUCUGAUUAGAGUGGGUGGUAGACUUAGAAGAUGUGACAGCCUGGCCAAAGAAGUUCUACAUCCUGUGGUUUUAUCCCCGACUCAUCCAGUGGUGAAACUCCUCAUUAAGCACUAUGACGCCAAACUACUUCACCCUGGACCUGGACGGGUGUUUGCCGAGCUACGGCGAAAGUUUUGGAUACUAAGAGGGAGAGAGGCAGUUAAGAAACAUCAGCGUAGCUGCCCUGAGUGCCAGAAGUGGAGGGGUCGACCAGAAAUUCCAAGGAUGGCAGACAUUCCACCUUCCAGCCUUAGGUUAUUCAAACCUCCCUUUUAUUCCACUGGGGUUGAUUGCUUUGGUCCCUUUACAAUUAAAGUAGGCCGUCGUACAGAGAAAAGGUGGGGUAUCCUCUAUAAAUGUCUCACCACUCGAGUGGUUCACCUCGAUCUACUGGAUCAUAUGGACACUGAUUCAUUCUUGAUGUCCCUUAGACGCUUUAUUUCACGUAGGGGAAAGCCAUACGAGCUUCUAUCUGAUCAGGGAACCAAUUUCAGAGGGGGGAGUCGUGAAUUGGAAGAAGUCUUCAGUCAAAUACAACCCACUCUCAGAGAACAACUCUCCAAAGAACAGAUCAGGUUCCGUCUUAAUCCUCCCAGUGCUCCUCACUUUGGGGGAUCCUGGGAAAGAGAGGUGAGGUCUGUGAAAACAGCCCUACGGACCACACUGGGUGCUCAGGUUGUCACUGAAGAGGUAUUGAGGACGGUCUUAGUAGAGAUUGAAGGAAUUUUAAAUUCAAGACCUUUGGGUUAUGUCUCCAGUGAUGUGGCCGACCCAGAUCCUGUGACUCCGAAUUCAUUGCUGAUGGGGCGGCCUGACUCCUCGUUACCUCAGGUGGUCUAUCCUGAGUCUGACCUGCUCAGUCGGAAGAGGUGGAGACACAGCCAGAUUCUCAGUGAUCACUUCUGGAAGCAUUUCGUGCAUGAUUUUCUGCCUACUUUACAGACACGUCAGAAAUGGAAUCAAGAGAGAGAGAACAUUACAGUUGGAACUGUAGUCCUUAUAGCUGAUGAGCAAUUACCGAGAGCGCUCUGGCGAGUGGGUACUGUUUCCUCCAUCAUUCCUAGCUCUGAUGGUAGAGUUAGAACUGCUGUUGUUAAAGUGAAAGAUCAUACUUACACCCGACCAGUUGCUCGAUUGAUUAGAUUACCCGCUUUACCGCAGGGCUCAGAUGAUAUGCAGUAGUAGAUUUUACUACAGACAAAUUUGUCUACCAAAUUUGGGGGCGGCUGUAAAAAAGCCCAUGUUCAGUUUUUGUUCACUUAUUAUAAAGGCUGUGCAGCUGUCAUGUUGGUCAUUGAUUUGAAUAUGAGGGGGUGUGGUUUAAUCUGAGUUCGCGCGAAAGCAGAUCAUAUUUCUUCGGUUCGGAUCCUGAGGGAAAGUUUAGGUCCUGCAAUCUUACCUGUAAAGCAGUGAAAUAAGAUAGAUUAACAUCACUUUCUGCAGCGCCUUCACUUUGUGAACUGCAGAAUAGGAUAUUUGUGCCUUGAUCGGCAGUGGACGAUAUUAAACUUUGCACUGAAGUUUCCAUGGUGACGAUUCCUGAAUGUGCGUCAUUGAAGAUUAACCACGUUUGAGAGUCAUACAUCAGCGAGAUAAAUAUUCAGUAACAUCUUAGAUUAUACACUGGAAUUUAUCGUCGCUAAGGAUUUACCAUACUUCAGGGCCUGAGACUGCAUCUCAACAUCAACGUCACAAAGCCUUUUGGACACUUUAAAGAACUGUAGAGACCACACGGACUGUUGCAAUCUUUGUUUCACUGCCUAAUCACAGGACCAACUGUCAUCUGUAUCCUUGAAUCUGUUGAAACAAUUCAUUGUUUAUUUCUGUUUAUUAUUUUGCGUAGGCCUACGUUUUUUUUCAUAUGUACAUUUUCUUUACAUUUGAAUACCUUUUGAUGGUGAAUAUGUACACAGUGUAUUUUAUUGUUCAACAAUAUUCAGAGUAAAAGGUACAAUUUAGUUCAA